UCCAGGAAGCGGCCUAGUCGCACGGAAGGGGCCGAGCUCCGGAGGACCCCGCGCCCCGCAGGGCUCAACCGGUCCCCGCCUCGGCCCCGCCCUCUAGGCCCCGCCCCCGAUCCCGCCCCGCGCUCCCCUAAAGCCUGCUUCCCCGCCCCCGGCCGAGGCGGUGCCCGGAGCAGAGUCCGCCUGCGCCGUGCGGGCAGUACGCGUCUCCUUCUCCUCUGCAUCUGCGCCAGGCGCGGUGUCCCCCGCCCCGCCGCCGGCCCCCGGUGCGCCCGGCCGCCUGAGACCCCAGACAUUCUGAGGACUUCAAGCCCAGGAAACAGCCUCUCAGGUAGCUCUAAGGAACUGCUCCAAAGAGAUGAACUUGAGAUUCAGAGAGGUCAAGUCAUUUGCCUGAGGACACCCAGCCCAAGUCUAUCCUUAACACCGGCUCUAAUAAACUUCAGUAUGUGGUCCAGCCUGAAUGAGUGGCUAUGGCAGGAGAGGUUCUGGCUACCACCCAACAACUCGUGGGCUGUACUGGAGGACCGCGAUGGCCUGGUCUACGCCCACCCCCAGGACAUGCUGAUGGCCCUGCCCCUGGCUCUGGCCCUGGUGGCCGUGCGCUUCACCUUCGAGAGAUUCAUUGGCCUGCCCCUGAGCCGGUGGCUGGGUGUGCGGAACCAGACCAGGAGGCCGGUGAAGCCCAAUGCCACGCUGGAGAAACACUUCCUUAUGGAAGGGCAGAGACCCACAGAGCCCCAGAUGAGCCUCCUGGCGACCCAGUGUGGGCUCACACUGCGACAGACCCAACACUGGUUCCGGAGACGCCGGAACCAGGACCGGCCCUGCCUGACCAAGAAGUUCUGUGAGGCCAGCUGGAGGUUCGCCUUCUAUCUGUGCUCCUUCAUCGGUGGAAUCUCGGUUCUUUACCACGAAUCGUGGCUGUGGACGCCGGUAAUGUGCUGGGACAGUUACCCACAGCAGCCCCUGAAGCCGGCCCUGUACCACUGGUAUCUCCUGGAGCUGAGUUUCUACGUCUCUCUGCUGAUCACGCUGCCCUUCGACACCAAGCGCAAGGACUUCAAGGAGCAGGUGGCACAUCACUUUGUGACCAUCACCCUGAUCGUCUUCUCCUACAGCACGAAUCUGCUGCGCAUCGGCUCUCUGGUGCUGCUAUUGCACGACUCCUCCGACUACCUGCUGGAGGCCUGUAAGUUGUUCAACUACACGCACUGGCGGCGCGUGUGCGAUGCUCUCUUCAUCAUCUUCUCGUUGGUCUUCUUCUACACUCGCCUCGUGCUCUUCCCCACCCAGAUCCUCUAUACCACAUACUACGAGUCCAUUGCCAACUCGGGCCCCUUCUUCGGCUACUACUUCUUCAACGUGCUUCUGAUGACACUACAGCUGCUGCACGUGUUCUGGUCUUGCCUCAUCCUUCGCAUGAUCUACAGCUUCUUAAAGAAAGGCCAGAUGGAGAAGGAUGUUCGCAGCGACGUGGAAGAGUCAGACUCCAGUGAUGGGGAGGCAGCCCCGGAGUACCCGCAGCCGAAGAACAGGGCAGCUCACCGGCCCGGAGCAGCCCCCGCUGAUGGCCCUCGGAGCCGGGCGGCCAGGCGGAUGGCCAACGGGCACACACCAGCCACGUAGCCGGCCGAGGACUGACCACAAGGGGCUGCCCCAGCGCCCGGCAGCUCGGAUUCGUGGGGUGGCUGGACUGGGGACCCUUGGGCUGAUUCUGUGGAGACAGGGAGGGCCCCACCCCAGGGGCUGAUGACCUGUCUCCAGCCCGUCCCUUCUGCCCACCCUCCCUCCUUCCCUCAGGCACAUGGACGGAGCUGCGGCCGGGGCAGAGGGGUGCAGGCAGCCUGGCCACUGUGAAGAGCCCCAGGCUGAAAGGGGGUCCAAUAAAACUUGACCGGAGCCAA